AUGUGUGCCGUGAAAUCGAAAUUGCUCCAGGAGUAUAAAAAUAGCAUUUUUCAGGCUCAUCAUUUAACAUUAUCCUUUACAUACACGACACUAUGUGAUCUCAUUCUUCCAAAAGCGCUCUAUAUAGCAAUGACAAUCCCGCUGACCACCGUUUGGAUUGCAUCGCAGGUCAUGCUUAUUUUCAUAGUGGUUGAGAGAUGGAGCGCUGUCUUCUUUUAUCGCGACUAUGAGUUAGGCUAUAGGAAACUCGGACCAACGCUGAUCGCAGCGGCGUUGCUUGUCACAACUUCCAUCUGCUUUUCAUUAUACUGCGGCGAAACAUUUGACGGUCCACAGAUUAAUGGCCGUGUGCUCCCGAGCACGAGAUAUUUCCAAGGAAAUGUUUUGAUCUUCGUUCUAUUAACUACAAACUUCAUCGGCUUCACGCUAACAAUCGCACUUCGCUUCGUUCAGCCUAAAUGGCAGAUACGGCAACUCAUUGUAUUGAGAGAAGAGCGCUAUUUCUAUGUGUUCCCACUACCACGGUACUUCAGGAUGCCACUGUCGUUAAAGUUCCAGUCGAAAGAAAAUGCAAUUGCGUCCAACUUGCUCUUCUGGAUCUCUACAAUGCAAUUCACUGCAUUCUUUUUCACACAAAUUGGUGCUUUAUACGUUAGGAUUUACCUAUCCAAACACCCCCUUUCUCCAGCAUAUAAGGAGAACAUUGAU